UAGAGACGAAUUAUUAAUGAAAUAUUUAACCCAUUUCCCUGUUUUUUUUUUACGUCGACGUUUGUCAAACCUGCGCUAGGUAUCAGUAAUUUUUUUCUUAUCACUCAGGUUGUUGUGAGUCUGAGUGGAAAUUGGAAAUCUUCUACGUCGAAGAAAAACCGAAAUCUAGACGAUCUAGAAAUGACUAAAAAUUAAUUCGUACGGUUUAUUUCGAUGACUCAAAUCAUAAAUCUUACUUUUGCCCAGGAACCAGUAUGUCUGACGACGGUAAAGAAGACACCGAACAGACGUUUUUCAACGUCAUCGACAGCAUCGAAGACCAGUUCGACGAUUCCGACGAUGAAGAACUACACGUUUCCAGCGAUCACUCCAGCGUAACUUCGGAGCAAGUAAAACUCGUCUAUACAUCGAGUGAUAGCGAAGAUGAUACGCAGAAGGAUUUCAAUCCCGAACGUAUCAGUACAUAUUACCCUUUAGUCGACGAACCUCCUUGUAUAAUCGAACAAGAAUGUAAAGACAGCGCCGAACCUGGCGAAGACACAAACGAAUGUCAGGUUGUCGAACAACCCAAAGAAUUAAACGAAAAGAGCCCUUUACCCGAAGGUUGGAAAGAGAUAUUCCACGAAAGCGGUGUACCUUUAUACACACACAUCGAAACAAACGUAUGUUCUCUAUCUCGACCUUAUUUCAUCGGUACAGGAAGUACGAAAUCUCACAUUCUACCCGAAACAGCUGUACCUUGCAUGUACGAGAAAACCAUACGAAAUCCGGAAUCGUUCGAAGAAGAAAAUACCGAAGAAGUAGUCGAGGUUGCUAGUCGAAGCGAUACGUUCACACGCCCGAAACAAGCUAGAAUAUCCAACUAUUGCAAACGUUUGUUUCAAUUCACCAAAAUCAAGUACUUGAAGUUCCGUUCGUGGGACGUUCGUCGAACGUAUCUACGUACUUUGAGAAACGAACGAAACCGUCGCAAACGUCCAUUCUCCGAUAAACUCAUCACGUUUCCUAUAGUCAAGAAAAACGAAGAAGGUAAAAUAAUAUCGAUUAAAAAAUGGGUAAUCAACCCUAGAGGUAAAAGCUACGUAGCUAUAUUACACGAGUAUCUGCAACAGUCGUUGAAAACCCAACCGGUGUACGCUUUUAGCGAAGUAGACAAUGCUAGAACACCCUACGCAGCUACGGUGAUCGUAAACGGAGACGAAUACGGUAGCGGAGUAGGUAUGAGUAAACGAGAAGCUAAACUCGAAGCAGCCAAAGCCACCUUAUUAGUACUUCUGCCAAAGAUGAAAAAAUCCAUAAUGAAAGUGUGCGAAAAACAAAAGAAAACUACCACCGAACGAUCGGAUUCCGAAGAAGAGCAAAAUAUCGCUUCGGUAUUCGACGACAUUGAAAUAACCGAUCCUAGAGUUAGCAAGUUAUCAAAAAAGACGACCGAACCGACACCUUACGAAUUGCUGAUGAAAUGCGUCCAGCGUAAAUCUGAUUCGCAAUUGGUGCAGAUAAAUUAUAACGUUGAAUCGAACGAAUACACGAUGACUUUGGGUACUCAUUCGGUCACAGUAAAAUGUACGAAUAAGAGAGACGGUAAACAGCAAGCUUCUCAGGCUCUUUUACAAGCUCUACAUCCGUAUAUUAAUAAUUGGGGUUCGUUGCUUCGACUUUAUUGUAAUCGUACCACAGAUCAUUACCUACUCGGUCCUCGUAAUACUACCGAAGAUGCCGAUAUCGAAGAAACCAAGCAUCGUUCGCCCAAUACCAGUUUAUUGAAUACGUUACGAGAGAGAAUGCUGAGAUUAUCGGAAAAAGAAAAACGACGUUCGAGUGCUCAAUAAAGAAAAAAUUAGUCACUGUUCAGAUUUAUUAUUUAUGUUUUUUCUUUUGUACAUGGGUUUUUUUCUCGAAUGAUUAUGAUUUUUUUUUUAAUGUAUGCGAUUCAGACAAAUAUAAUACAUUUUCUAUUAA